UCUUAUAAGAAGGUUUUAAUCAUCGCUGUAAUUUUCUUUAUGAUAGAAAGUGCAGUAACGUAAAAUCCCCGGUAUCUUUCUCGUCAGAGCCAGAAACCUGACAAUGUUAAUAAUAGGCUCAUGAAAUUGAUCAGGCUAAUCGCCAGAGCACUGACAUCUUAUCAGGCAAUCUAAUAUCCGGAAGUGAGGAAAAGACAACACUGACUGCUGUCGACUGCUCUACUGCUCUCUGUAGGCCUUAGUAAUCAAUUUUGUUUACAGUUUAUAGCUUUGUUUUUUUCUUUGAGCCUUGAGCUGAUGAAUGAAUAAAAAAAGGAACGAAACCAUUGUAAGACCCAGUGCAUUUUACAUUGUUCUUCGUUCUUCCACUAGUUUUUUCAAGGUAGCUUUUAUGACAACUUGACAUGAGGGACUUAAUGAACUUUGGACGUUUGAGGCGCUACUGGCUGGUCGUUCUCUCGAUGGCUCUUCUCCUUAUCAUCGUCCUCUACUAUGCAAUGUAUGACAGGCCCACCCCAGCUCUUGUCAAUCGGACAUCGAGCAACAAAACUGCACCUCGGCCUAAACCUGCAUCUCGAGCGUACAGCCAAUGGCCCCCCUUUGAACUGGAGCUUGUCAGUCCUGAGCUGUUCCGGGAGAAGUGUGUGACCACCAGUAGCAACUUUUCUAUCGCUCACUUGGCCGACAUUCUGUCCGAGUGGAGACGAUCUGUCCACCCAAACUGCAGGGAGUUGUACCAAAAGUUCUCUGCGAUCUACACGGUGGAGCGACGGGUGGGCAGCGUGGUGAUCCCCGGCACGUUCAAGGCCAAGGUUCAAGCCUGGCUGGGGCAGCGAGAGGAGCUGUAUCAGGAACUGUUUCAUCAGGACAUCAUUCAUGUGAUCAACCAGUACACAAGAGAGACAACUAUAUUCAACCCUCUACGUGAUAAACGACCGGUGACCAAGCCGAAAGAGUCGGAGAAAGAUUACUUGCAAAGAAUCACCAAAGAGUCAGCCAUGAACUGUGAUUUCUGCAGAUUCAGGAACUUCACGGCGGAGCACGACUUUGGCCGCGUGGAGACAGAUCUCUCGUUCUCCGCCUCCAACAUCUUCAAGCUGGACAGGCUUCACGCGGUGAUCACCAUCAAGGCUCACGACCCGGUCAACUGGAGCUACCAGCAGUACAUGGACAUGAUGAGGCUGACCAUGGUGUGGCUGAAAAAGGCCCAUCAUGCUGAGCCGUCCGCUGUGUUUCCCUCUUUGAUUUGGGACCUUCUGCCUAAGUCGGGCUCCAGUCAGCUACACCCUCACAACCAGAUCUUUCUGAGUCCUAACCGUUACCACGGCAUGGUGGAGAUGUGGCGUCGUGCGGCUCAGGAAUACGUCGCAGACUUUGACAGCAACUACUUCACCGAUCUGGUCAGCCUGUACUCGGCACUGGAGCUGGUCACGACUCACAAGUCUGCCGUGGCCCUGGCCAGUCUGACUCCUCGCAAGGACAACGAGGUGGUGGUGAUUGCUCCGAAGGCUGAUGACGAUUUCUUCCAGAUGAUUUACUUUGUGGUUCGGGCUUUCAUGGAUGAUCUGAAAAAGUACUCAUUCUCACUCGGAGGUGGAUUUCCUUCAAUGAAGACACAUCCUGGACUGGCUGAGAUUCCUGCAUUUGUUCGUAUCAUCACCCGAGGGGUCAUGACAGAGAUACGUACUGACAUAAGCGCACUGGAGCUUUUCACCGCCACCAACGUGAAUAUUGACCCCUACAAAGUGAUCCAGGUGAUCCGACAGUCCGUGAAAACCAGGGCCCACCUGUUGUGAGGCGGAGUCGUUCCUACAGCAAGCAACUGGUGUGGUGUGCUCCUUCUUUUCUAACAGACAUCUAUAUUCUAUUGCCCUUAUCUCUCCUCCUUCUUUCCUAUCAAACAUCUAUUGUCGUU